GGAGUGCAGCAAGAGAAUGGAUUCAGCACCACGAACAGCGCCGGCAGGAUGAACGGGCUUACCAUCGGCCAGAACACCAUUCCAAUGAAGGACCACGACGCCAUCAAGCUUUUCAUCGGGCAGAUUCCCAGAAACCUGGAGGAAAAGGACCUGAAACCCCUGUUUGAGGAAUUCGGAAAGAUAUACGAACUCACUGUACUGAAAGACAGGUUUACGGGAAUGCAUAAAGGAUGUGCCUUUCUAACAUACUGUGCCAGAGAGUCAGCACUGAAGGCCCAGAGCGCCCUCCAUGAACAGAAGACUCUGCCAGGGAUGAACCGGCCCAUCCAGGUGAAGCCAGCCGACAGCGAAGGACGAGGAGAAGACAGGAAGCUGUUUGUGGGAAUGCUCGGCAAGCAGCAGAGCGAGGACGACGUCCGGCGGCUGUUCGAGACCUUCGGCCAGAUUGAGGAGUGCACCGUCCUGCGAGGGCCUGAUGGGGCCAGUAAGGGCUGCGCCUUUGUCAAAUUCUCCAGCCACGCAGAAGCGCAGGCCGCCAUCAACAGCUUGCAUGGUGGACAGACUAUGCCUGGUGCCUCGUCCAGUCUGGUGGUCAAAUUCGCAGACACUGAUAAAGAGCGGACCCUGCGCAGGAUGCACCAGAUGGCAGGCCAGCUCGGCAUCUUCAGUCCCAUGACCAUCCAGUUUGGGGCCUAUGGCGCCUACUCUCAUGCUAUGAUGCAACAGCAAGCAGCCCUGAUGGCAGCAACACAAGGGUCCUACCUGAACCCCAUGGCUGCCAUCGCCGCCGCGCAAAUGCAGCAAAUGGCAGCUUUCAAUGUCAACGGCCUGGUGGCUACUCCCAUGACACCGUCCUCAGGCACCAGCACACCCCCAGGCAUCUCUGCCACAGCCGUGCCCAGCCUAGCCACCACGAUCGGGGUUAACGGAUUCAGUACUCUCCCCCCUCAAAGCAACGGGCAGCCCACCUCCGAGCCCAUCUACACCAACGGUAUUCACCCUUACCCAGCACAGAGUCCAACGGUGAACGACCCUCUCCAACAGGCUUAUGCUGGCGUCCAACACUACGCAGCCUACCCUGCCGCCUAUGCGCCAAUCAGCCAAGCGUUCCCCCAGCAACCAACCAUCAUUCCCCAGCAACAGAGGGAAGGGCCAGAAGGUUGCAACCUGUUUAUUUAUCACCUGCCCCAGGAGUUCGGAGACGCGGAGCUCAUGCAAAUGUUCCUGCCUUUUGGCAACGUCAUCUCCGCCAAAGUGUUUGUGGACCGAGCGACCAAUCAGAGCAAAUGUUUUGGCUUUGUGAGUUUUGAUAACCCGUCCAGUGCUCAAGCCGCUAUCCAGGCCAUGAACGGCUUUCAGAUAGGCAUGAAGAGGCUGAAGGUGCAGCUAAAGCGGCCAAAGGAUGCCAACAGACCUUACUGACUCGUCUGCUAUCCAUACCCAGUGUGAGGUGGCCUUUCUCCGCUAUAGCCACCUCCCACCCACACCUGUCAUGGGGCCAAGUUCCCACAGCUGAUGAAGGGCCACAACACCUUAUUUCCACAAGUGCAGUAAAAGUACAAAGACUUCUUGCUCUGCUACAUAUCAUGAAGGAAGGGUGGUCCCUUGAUCCUGCUGAAAACCCGCUGAAAGAUUGGGUGACUGAGAAAAAGGAUCCCAGAGUUGUUGUUAUUUGGUUUUCUUCUUUUUUUUUUUUUCUUUCUUCGCAAAUGCCUAUUUUCUCCCUGUUUUGCUUUGGCGUCUGUGGAAGAAGAUUUUUUGCAGAGACCAACUUUUUGCUGCUGUUUUUUAGACAUGAUGGGGGAAAAAAACCUUUAUAGACUCAUUAUGCUCAAAGCAUGCAUACUGACACAGGAUAUAGUAAACACACAUACCAGACAUACACAUUUAAAGAUACUACACUUAAAAAAACCAUGAAAAAUGAAAAAAAAAAAGACUUUGUACAUGUAUAAAUACGUGCAAAUGCCAACUCAAGUACUGACGCAAACACAUGCGUGCACGCGCACACAGACACACACAAACACACACACCAGCCUGCUGCCAUUUUGGUUUUUGUGCCUACACAGGUGUUGUGCUCUGUGACAGGGCAAGCUCUGGAUCAAAGAAGAAAAAGAAGAAGAUAAAGAAAAAGAAGAGGAAGAAGAUGAGGAGGGAAGAGGAGAAUCCAGGAUAAUUUACAUGCAUCAUUCCUUAGGAAAUAGGGACCAAAGGACUAAACGCUUUUUAAAAGAAUAUAAAUAUAUAAAUAUAUAAAUAUAUAUUUAAAAACUCAUACCUUGUAGCUGCAAGUAUUACAAUUUACUCGUAGUCAAAAAAAUCAUUAAAUCAAUAUCCAGUGGCCUACUGUAAGUAUGAAUAAAAGAAAAUGGAAAUAAUGUAUAAAAAAAGAAAUGGCAUCGUAGUAUAGGGGCUGAUCUUUUGCUCUGGAUGCUGAUUUAGCACCAGGUUGUAGUAUAGUAAAGUAGAUUAGAAAAAAAAUGUAGAUUUGCUAACUUUUGCUGUUGUUUAAAAAAAAAUACUUGAAGUCGUAAUGAAAUGUGGGCAAAAGUGAAGGAAAAUGGAAAACAUUCAUCCGCCCCUGUACGCAACGAGUCUCUUUCUCUUGGAUGUUAAGGUAUCAGCCACUGGAUAUCUCGCUCAUCAUGAUGUUUAAGUCACCGCACUCUCUGACAGCUACGAACAGACUGUUCUGGAAGAAAAAAAAGAAUGCAGAGAGAGUGUAAAAAAAAAACAAAAAAAGGACAGAACUUACUAAUGUCUGUGCUGGACAGGGUGCAGACGUCUGAGGCUUCUCACUAGCCUUGGUGUUCAAGCGACAAUCCACUGUAAAGACCAAGCAAAAUGGACAUGGGGUGUGUUUUUCUUUUUUUCUUGACCUUUUGUAUUGCAACAAGGAGUGUGAAUUAUGAAGCCACAAGUUGUUAAGGGGUAAUGGUUCUACUUAGAGAGAUGGACAAAUGGAUGGUCACGAGGGCAACAGAAAGGGAGUAAGGUGACAGCUACUGAAACUGCCAGCAGAAUGAACUCAGUAUACAAAUGAAACGGCCCUUAGGAAUCUGUCAGAAAAAACAAAGUAUGCCUGGUGUAAACAAGCAGGACUAUAACUGACAGGCCAAGGAUAUACACUAUGUGUCCACUCGAUCAGCUGCAAAAUCCGGAUACAAUGUCCCUGAAGACAAACUAUUUACGGUAUUAAUGGCAAGGAAGUGCAGGCUUUUAGAGCUCAUUUUUGCUCUGUCAAAUCUAAUGUAAAUUCCUCUAUUAACAUAUUCCCGACCUGCUUUCUUCAUGUAUUAUACAUAGAGCCAACGCUUAAACAGACAAUAUGUAAACUCCAUAAUUCAGCUCGACUGUAGCCUCUCUGACACCGAUGCCAGGCAGGACAGAGAAAAGCACUCCACUUCUGUCUGAUUUAGAGCCUUUAUUUUGACUGUUUUAGAGCCCUGGAUGCAGGCUCUUCUCCAAAAAGCAGAUCAAUAUGUUUGGCAUGAGUCUGGAGGGAGGAGCGAUGCUGCUUCAGUCACUCUCAACACUUCCCAAUUUUCUCACCAGCUCACAUCCGUACACUAGCCCUUUGAGCAGUGGCAGCUGGCGGUAAGAGGCAUGGCUAAGCAAGGAGGGAGGGAGGUGAAGAGAGGAAGUCAACAACCAAACAUGACAUUGGGAUCUUUUAGACGGAUGCUUCUAGGAUAAAAACCAAUGACUUCAUCUGGAAAUGUAGAAGCUGUAAACAAGCUCCUGGUGGCAAACAGUAUAUCUCUGCUAUGUGCUUUUUAACAACAGGGUUUAAGGACUCCUAUUUACUACUGAGACUCUCCUCUUUGCCAUUCCUUCCUUCUUUCACUAGCUUUACUCAGACAGAGAUCAGAAAUAUUACAAAUCACUGAAAAAGGGACUGAUAAAAUGUGCCAGCCAAUAGCUAAAUGCACUGCUAUUCUUUGUCAUCUACAUAAGCAGAAGGUUUUAAUUUGAUAUCAACGUGCCAUAUAACCCCCUCUCUUUCCCCUGUCCUAAGUGCAGCCAUGCCUUUCUAAACCUUGGCGCAACCGUUCAGCAGCUCUCCCCUCAGAACAGCAUUUUCAAACCUGGCUAAUGUCUGCGCUCACUACCCUUCAAUUAUCUCCUGCACCGUAUUAGACAUGCUAUUUCACCUUUCCCUCUAAUCACACUGUAAUCACCAGCCUCUAUACAUUAGCAGCAACCAAGUGAAAAAUCACCGGGAUAAUCACUUGGACCAAAUGACGGGAGAGCUGGUCCCCUGCAUGCACGUGGAUGACAGAAGGAAGAUUAGAGAGAAUGAUGUUUGUGCCUACUCCCUGGCAAGGCUGUUGACAGCUGACCUGGCACCAAUAACGCUGUCGAAAUUUACUCAAAGAGGCAAGGAGGAUGUGGGAUAAAACCUUCUAUAUAAUAGCAAGGUGUUUGCAAAGUAGGUUGACACUACCAAAAACUAAAAGAGAAAGCUGGACGAUAAAACCAUAUUUUUUUUCCUAUGGCACAAACAUUAAAAUUGGGUCAAAACCACUUUAGAAGAAAAUCUCUAAUUCUUAAGAAGUAUCUUUAUUGGGAUUUCUUGUAGCGUUUCAUUGCUUCUCAGCUUUCUCUUUUUAAUUCACAAAAUUAAAUUAUUUAAUAAAUACAGGUAAAUACAGUUCUUUCUUUCUCUUGCGUGUAUCCCUGCUGGGACACCUGCAAAGCACAGUAACACGGCCAAUUCAAGGCCAUAAAAACACAGCUUUUAAAAAAAAUGUCUUCAAAACAAGUAGGGUAGCUCUCCUAUUCAGCCCUUGAUCAGAUUUGAGGUGAAAUUGCAGCAAGCUACAUGAUUUGUCGUGGAGUGGGGUCAAAACAAAGCCAUGUUCUGCAAAGUGUUUGUGCUCAUUAUUCAUGUGAAGCUGAACUAAUCGAUGGGAAAUCUAAUGUCCCAUGAGCGAUGAAAUUUCCUGUGCUUGUCUCUGCCAUCUUUAGAAUACAUUCUGCGAGUCAGGCUGAACAUGAACCUUGCAUGCCUGCUCCGCUGAUCUUCUCUGUCUUAUAUCUGAUGCUGUGUGAGUUCCCACUACUAAUGGCAGGUUGAGUCUCCAGUGAGCCAAAACCCAGCCUAGCCCGGUAUCCCGCUGUCUGCUUGGCUAACAGUGCAGUGUUCAUGUAGCAUCGCUGCUAUGCCAGGGCUAAAUUAGGCAUUGCGAAAUCAGAACUUCAACACUUUUGAGAAGGGUACUGUUAUAACUUAUACACUCAGGGGAGGGUGUUACUGAGGUGACGUGCAUUAAAAACAGAAAUAGCUGUAAAAUCUGCUCGGAAACUACCAAAACAUGAAAAGAAAAUAGUCUCUGCCUGCCCCGUUCCCUGUCUGUUUACUCUUGUUUUAAAUCCAGGCCAUGGUUCACCUCUAAGAGAAAUGAUAAACCCAGAAGGCAACCACUACGCUGUUGCCAAAAGUGGUAUUUUAUGUGUCCUCUAAUUUAAAAAGAUAAAAAGAACAUGGCAUUUUAACCUAAAGGAAUCAGUAUGAAUCUAAUUAUAGUGAGAGUAAAACAUGCAAAGCAAAUCCUACACGGUAAUGUCAAGUAUUAUGUCCAUACCCCCGAAGCAUCCGGCUUUUCUUCUCCUCUCAUACUGCCUUUAUUCAGCAAAUCAGUGUUUCAGUGAGUAUAUAUCCAGCGCUCUUAGUAUGAGCUCACUGCCACUGAUGCAUGCCCCCACUCUGACCCUGUAUUAUUAAAUGAGAAUUUGGGGGGUUUAUACAUAAUAUAACCUUUUCCUCAGUUGCCACUACAGCAUUGCUCAUAAGGUCAGUCCUCUAGAGGAGCAUGUAUCCUUAGAAGGCCCCAGCCAAUGGCAGGCAGAGCAGAGAACUGCUGGAGCAUAUCCACAACCCCCUGGGUGCAUAACACUCACCCUAAAAUAGCAGUGAUUGUCAAGGAAAGGAAGUGAAAUGUAAUUGACUGAAAGUGGAGAGAUAAUUAAAGGAACCUGUUGGACAGGGAAGAAAUUAAUGCCUCUCAUUUAAUAGCUGCUUUGGGAGAGAGCUUUUCCGUCAUCUCACUCAGAGGGUUUUGCUGUGGAAAUGGGAUUUUGUAUGGAAAAAGGGUGGAGGUUGAAACAGGCACUGACUGGGUGGUGGGGGUGCUUUGUGCUAAACUGACACUCCACAAAAUCACUCCCAAUACUCAGGGCAUCAGGCGCUAUGAUGUCAUGAUUAGUGGAGAGGUUCAGAGCCUUGCCUUACCCAUGAUACUGAGGGAGCUCGGGCAGAAUUACAUAUAAGAAGGCUAAUGAACUACAUUUGGAUUUAUAGUAUUGCCAUCCAAUUCCAACUGACUAACUAACUAAGUAACAAUGAAAAACCUUUUCACCAAACAACACACAGCUGAAGGUGUCUGAUUACGUUCAACAACAUGGCUGACAGAAAUGAAGCCUUUUUUUUAUUCCUUAAUGUAAAUAGCCUAUUAAAUACAAAAAAACAGAGGACGGUUGUAUAGCAGCUGGUGUUGAGACUCCCAACUCUGUGGGACAAUGAUGUCACUAUAAAAUGUAUCCACAGCAGUGCAGGGAUCUAGGAGAGUUUGAGUUCCUUUAAGCCCCUUAAGUUUGGGCUCUGAACAUGCAUCCUACAACCCUAAGCGUCGGACCAAGGCUUAAGGAAGUGUUUGACUUAGUGUCAAAGCUGAGCCACAGCCCCGAAGUGAUCCGUUAAUUAAGAUUCUGUGUACGCCGACAUGUCAUGAUUUUUCUGACGGAAGAAAGAUCGCCUGUGCGGUAAUUGGAUUAGUCCAAUUGGGGCUGAUGAACAGAUAUGACAGUGACAGUAGAGAUCAUCCAUCUGCAUGCUCACCGCAAAAAAUAAAGAAAAAAGCAUCAGCCAUCACGACAACACUUUUCUAAAACUCAUUAGAAGUGACAGUUUGGGCUUUUUAAGGAGGUUAGUUUUGCAAAAAUUGAAACUCCAGGUGACUCGUUUGUUCAACAUGUACAUAAGUCAUUUUCGAAUCACACAGUGGAUCCCACAUGAACGUGGUUAGGUCAAGGGGAGAAACAAGAGAGCAAUUGUUGUAGAACCCAGCAGAACCCCCUGCCAGCUUGACCCAAUCUGCCACAGCUCUCCUGACCACACAGCUGCAUUUCUCCUGUACAUACAAUAUAGCUUAUUUUUCAAUUAUGUUGAACCUUCUUUAUAAGCCGUACAAUAGAACAUGUUCAAACGUUUAAAAAAAAUUAAAAAGAAUAGUUAAUAUAUUUCAGUGAAACUAAGAAAAAGGAACCUAUGAAAUAAUUUAUCCAAAACUGAAGAUGAAAUGAUGUUAUUUCUUGUAUAGUGAAGCACUGAUGUUCAAAAAUGGGAUUUUAUACUCAUGUUGGUUCUUUAUUUUCUCUUCCGCUUUGUUAUUAUCUGCUGAAGCUGGGAUAGACCCUUUGUCAUGAGGUUUAUUCGGAUUUACUUUGAUCAUUUUUUUAUUUUUUCUGUAUUUUUUUGUUGGCUGCACAAUCCCUGUAUGAAAUCCCUCGUGGAUGGGCAAGUUCAAAGAGGGUUUUUUUGCUCACAGGAAGCUCUUAAAUCAACACAAGAAUUAACAAACUGCACUGUAAAAGGGAUAAUUGAUGGUACCUGUCAUGUGGAUUCAGAACAAUGAGUCCAAUGCACAACUGAGUUAAAAUGAAUCAGCAUUGCAUGUUCAAAAAGAAUCUCAUUUGAGGCCUUUUGUUGUUUUGAGAGAAAAAAGACAAAAAAAAGACAAAAAAUAGCAAACUUCAGUCAGAUUGGUUUGAGAUCGACGCCGUCAUAUCUCAUUGUCUUUGGGCCAUUUCUGUAAUGUUUUUAUCUUGUCUAUCUCUGUCACAAUGUAAUUGUUAUUUCCUUUUUUUGAAGGGUUGAUAAGAAUCAUUGACAUAUCUGUUAAUUUAAUCUUCUCUUUUCUUACAUAAGGAAACUUUUUUUUUCCCACAGUUUAUCUGAUGUGAUUCCAUCCACUGAAGACAUUGUACCAACAGUAGAUAGCGCCACAUUGCUUUAUUCCAGUCAGGUUGACUUGUUAACAUGAGGAGGGAAUUCUGCCUUAAACCCAGCCUGUUCUUUCCGACAGUACUACCUGUGAGCCGUGGUCAGACACACUGUAUUCUGGGGAUGCCAAAUGUACUAUCUUUUAAAAAAAUAUCUGUUGUGAAGACAUACACUCCACCACAAUCCCUCAAGCCCAUUCUGACACAAAUAAGGAUGUGGUCAUCCACCUCCAUUUCCAUUGGUUACAAGGACCAAAAUGUAAACAGCUAACUGAGCAGUUUGCUCCAAUCAAGCAUUCAAUGAGAGCCUUUAAAGAAUUUACAUUGAGUCGUAGGUGAUUUUGCACCAUGUAGAUUUGUAUCAUGAAUCAUUGCAUUCCCAGCUUCACUAUCUAGUUUCAUCUGUUCAUUUGUUCUCAUGCUAUUAAAUUAUUCAUGAUAUAUUUGGGUAUUUAUAUUCACAAUGAAUUGAAUAAGCAUUUAUUUUAUUAUUUGACUUGAACAAACUGUUUUCUUUUUCGUUUAAAAACAGAGAUGUAAUUUGAAAUAGCGUUGGCUCGGGUCUGUUUCCCUGAUUCGGGGUGAUAACUCCCAUAGUGCUCCUGAACUCUGUAGUUCUCUAGUUCAUUAUAUUCUGCUUAGACUAAAAUAAAGCACAGUCCUGUAGAAGA